GAUCAAACCAUACUAAACCCGGUUCACAUUCGUGCCCCGGAGUGGACCGUGGGUUUAUAAAGAAAUAGUCAAACUAUCCCAUUAAUGGGGAAAUACUAUCAAAUUUCUUCAACAGAUAACGGAUUAAUUUUGCCUACAAUGUGUUGAAGAAUUUCCUUCAAUCUGAUGAUUUUUCGUUAAAUCUUUCAUAGAUGCCAUCAUUAUUGAUGCUGUUGGCUGCAGGAUAGCCUGCGUUCUCGGGCUCAUUUGGCGAUUUUAUUCUACAUUUCAUCAUAAAUCCUUAACUCCCACUCGAUUAGAUUGGAUUGGAUAGAUAUGGCCUCGCAUUUGGAUCGAUGGGAGAAGGAUCCGUUCUUUCGUGCUGCCGAAGAAGUUCAGGAAUCUGCCGAUAGGAUGGAAUCCAUGUACAGAACAUUGAUUCAUGCAUCCAAAGAACCUUCGGUCUGGAAUUCAGACGCUGUUCGAAGAGAUUUACGAACUGCCAUCGGCACUACCAAAUGGCAGUUGGAGGAGUUCGAAAGGGCAGUUCUCUCAAGCUACAACAAAACUUCAACCGACAAUACAAAAGACAGGCAUCGUGACUUCAUCAAUGCAAUCGAGACUCAGAUUUCAAGAGUUGAAACUUCAUGGAACGAUUCAUUUUCUUCAACAGGGAAGCCACCACGUCCAUGGGUGAAACUUAAUGAAGGAGAAAGGAAAGAACUCGCACUAUUUCUCGCAGGAUCAGUAACACCUAUCGCUCAUGAAGAACAACCUGCAAAAACUCGCCGGAAGCAAAAGGCGGCAGCGGCUAAAGAAAAGAAAUUUUCCAUGCAUAGAAGAGCCGCGAGCGCCAGUGCCGACAUCGGGUCUUGGAAGAUCACGGUUGACGACGAUGUUGGAAAAGACGAAAAAGCCCCUCGAAAGAUCCCGAGUUUUUCUGGGCUUUUGAACACUUUAGAGUACACGGCUUCGAAAUUGAAGUGGCCCAAGAAUGGAUAUAGGAAAUUAAAGCAAGAAGUUGAUGUUGCGCCUAUUAUUCAAAUUCAUGACAUGAGUUGCCCUGAACAUUAUGAUGAUGAUGAUCAUGAUAGAUGGCUUCAUAGGUGGUGUGAUGCAAUCCAACGACAACUUCAAAGGUUGCAGUAUUAUAUGUUGUAUAGUUGUCGCACCCAAACGAUCUUUUGGGUUGUUGUCAUUAUUUGUUUACUUGCUUUAUUUGUAUUACAUUCAAUCUAAAAAGGAGCAACGAAGCAUAAUAGGCGACAUCUCCAUCCAAUUUUGAUGUUAGAUUUUGUAGAAAUGUUGUAUUUUUAGGUUUGUGUUUAGUAAACUUGAAUUGUAACAACAACAUGGAGAUUUUACAAGAACUUGGACAAAUGAUGGAUUAACUCGAAGUUUCUAUUCAUUUACUCUUACAAAUUGAAAUUUGUUCUACAAAUUCCAAGGUGUCAAGAAUCAAGAUGACUGUGUAGUACCUUCGGUUUCACUUUUCUUAUUGAAAUCAACUCCCUGAAAAACAACUCUUGAAGAUCGAUAUUUGCUACCAACUCCUGUUCCAAACCCCCAUCCAAGGCCCACCCCAACUCCACAGCCUCCACCUUUCAAAUCAAUCAAACAGUUGCAGGUUUAUGAACAAUACGCAUGAAUGAAGAACAAGUUGUAUAUAUAUACAAGUAAAAAAAUAGUAUAAAUGGCGUACCUGCACCAAGACCUAGGAAAUUCAAAGGCAUACCUGAAUAAGAUACAAUGUUAAUUAGUUUGGAUUCCAAUUUGCAGUUUAUGAACAGGAAGAACAGAUAGCAUUAUCUGUAUAUAUUGAUCAAUCAUAUGGAUAAAGAAUAUAAGACGAGUUAUAGAAGUAAUUGAGGGUGGAAACAGGUGUGAAUGUGUUAGAGAGAGAUGUGACCUCCGAAACCCCAUCCAACGCCGAAACCACAGCCGACUCCAAAACCUAAAAACAGAAACCAAUUCCAGUUCCAUCGAAAUUUGUAAGCACCAUUCGGAUGGAGUGCUCUUACCACGACAAUGGCGGAUCCCUAACUUUUUCACGUUGCCAAGGCCUCUACAAAAGGAACGCUCAUUUUAUUUCUUUGAUAAAUUUGUGUUUUGAGUACUACCACUUUUUGUUUUUCUACUUUUGCACCUUAUAUCUUUUACAAUAUUUAGUGUUUUUUUUAGAGGUGUUUGUAUAGUUAAAUGUUUAAAAUAGAG